AUGGAUUAUGGGCACGCCUUCACGACUACUGAGAUAGGCCAACGAUCAGAUUUGGACGUUAAGCUUGGCGAGGAUGACCUGUUUCAGAUCCCGGUGCUUCAGCAGGACCACAUAGAUUCGUGGAAAGACCAACAUGUUAAUUUAUUCGAACUUGACUUCAGGUCUACGGGGACGCCUGAGCGGAAUGCGUCGCCGGUAGUUGAGCUAUCUGCUCUUGGUCAAGACGAAGACCAUGGAUUAGGCCCUCAGGAUGCACCACCAGGGACCACGUCAGAUAUAUGGGACCUAGAUGUCCUUGACAAUCUGGUGUCACAAUUCAGCCCCAAGCUUCGUUCAUGGGAAGCUUUCGAAAAGCUGGCAGUGACUGGUGCGCAUCGUAUAGCAUACUUGUCAGAGUCCAGCCCAGAAGUGUUCGACGCUGCGUUGGCAUGGCAUCACAACACCACUUGUGACGGGGUAUUGUCACGAGACGUCUUUCUAGAUGCGCUCCGCAAUCUAGCUUUGGGCCGGUCAUCGAUACACUUCCAAUGGCAAGCAUCCGAGCAAGUAUUCGUGCGAACACUCGACAAAGCGCCUACAGCAGGACUAAGCUUGUCUGUGACCGACUCCGCUACAUCUAAUAUCGUGGACUAUGGCACUCUCCUGCGAAGACUGCAAGAUUUGACAACAAGCCCGCGAGCACAAACAUCGUGCGCGGUCGCUCAAGCAUUACUCAAUGCUUCUGCUCGUGUGCUGGGAGCUCUCGAAGCGCAUGUCAUAUCAAGGAUCCAUUGUCAAUCCAUAUUGCAGCUCCAAGAAGCUCUACGACGACCACAUCAAGUCUUGGAGCUGCUUCAGCAAUUGGUUGAUAUCGUUUCCGCUGCUGUGAACGACGAAGAGAUUAUAUCGAGGCUUGCGGACGCGGCGACUGUAGUAAACGAGACAGGGAGCUUCUCGGCUCUGCUUUGCAACAGACUGCUGGAAGAAGCUAGCCGUCCAUGGCUUGUCCACAUGGCCGAAGAGCUUGGAUUGGCCGAGCCGCUCGUACGACCAACAACCAACACACCCAGAUCAUCUGAGCAGCUCGAUAUUUCGGAGCCCACGGUUGCGCAAGACUCCAUAGCAGGUUGGGUGCUGGAUCGUGAACACGAAAGACUAGUCUUCGCCACAAGAGAAACAGUGAAAAUCUUGCGGGCGCACUUCCCCGGAACUCGACUCGACACUGUACAAGCAACCAAUUCGACUUAUUCUACUGAUGUAAAAGCACAGCUCGUACCGGUCCCGCCUUCGGACUCUGCACUGCGCGAUGUAGUGAUGACAACAGAAGAGGAGACCAAUGCUUGGUCCCAUGACGAUGUCCAGCACCAAUUUCUUCAAGCAAUCGACUUGCGGAUGUCUACUGAGCCAGAAACUCACGAUUGCAUGCUGCGGCAGCAUCUCAACGUGCAGCAUGCAUUCCAACUUCUGGGCAGUGGCGAGUUUAUCACCCGACUAUCGACAGCUCUGUUCAGUGCCGAGACGCAGUCUGCAGAGCGACGGCGUGGGAUGGUACCAACAGCUCAGACUAUGGGUCUCCGCUUGGACGCCAGAGACGAGAAGAGAUGGCCACCUGCAAGCUCAGAGCUGCGGCUUACAUUGCUUGGUGUGCUCACAGACACGUAUCAUCAAGGUAUCAGAUCGCACAGCACGAACGAGAGAAGAAAAGACGAGAUUCCUGGCGGCCUCAGCUUUGCUAUUCGUGAGCUGCCGGACGAGGAGAUCGAUAAGGUUAUGGAUGCCUCAUCUUUGUAUGCUCUUGACUUUUUGAAGCUGCAGUACACACCGCCGUCACCACUCGACGCGAUCAUCACUCCUACGAGUCUACAACGCUACGAUGAUGUAUUCAGAUCACUACUUCGUAUGCUCCGGGUACAAUAUGUAGUGGUGCACCUUAGGAGCACAUGCAACAAAACGGACCUGACAGGGUUGCGCUUUGCACAUGCUGCUCAACACGUAGUUGCUGCCUUGAUGGCCCACUUCAUGGACGUCGGCAUAGCUAUACCGUGGACAGAUUUACAGCAUACACUGGAUGCUGUAGAGCAAGUACUUGCGAGCAGUGACGUCGGGCACAUUCCGAGCAUACACGAGUUGCGGGACAUGCACAACGAAGGUCUUGAAAGCAUCAGAAGCAGGCUGUUCUUGAGGAGGAAACAGAUCACGAUACGUGCAGCAGUCGAUAACGUGCUUAUCGCUGUCCUGAAACCGGCAGCAGCUGCUGUCAACGAUGCGAAGCGGUCAGAUGUAUACGAGGGCUUCUAUGGCUCUGUACGACAUCUCAUCAAGCUGCUUCAGGAGCUUGUUGAUAAGCCGACAAGGUCACGAUCACGGGAUACAGAUGUUGAGGUGGUGAAGUUGCUAUUGCAGAAGCUGGACUUCAAUGGCUACUUCAAUCCGACGUCGACCGUGUCAAACCUGUGA